CGUGCAGGUUUCUCCAGCCCAGCUGACGGUCCCCGUCAUCGCCGGCAUGCGUCCGCGGUCUCGGCUUAUCUGAGCCAUGUCCAAGAUGCGGCAGCCCAAGUACGGCACCCUGUCAGCGGUUCCAGUCGGUCUGUACGGCGACCCCCGCUGCUAUGGCUCUGUGCGUGGCUGCUGCCGUCGGCCCGGCUGCACGUGCGGCCGCCGACCCGAGAUCGACGACGCGGCACUCUAUUACCACGUGCUAGGUGCCUCGUCGCUGGGUGCUGCGUCCUUGGGCAGAGCAUCGCUGGGACGGGGUCAUGCGCCGAGGCGCCGGUCUGCUGCUAGUGUCCACGGAGCCGCAGGCCCAGGUGCGGCGGCCGACGUCUACCUGGCUGCAGCGGCCGCCAGCGACCCUCUACUGCGAAAGCUCAGCCGCAAAGACCGCUUCAGCUCCGUCUCCUCUCGUAGGUCCAUCCUCGAGUGCGACGUCACGGCGUACGAUCUCAUCAAAAAGUACCUGCGCACGCCGGCCGCGCCCGAUAGCGAUGACGACGACCUCAACAGUAACGUCUUGCUGAACGGUGCCAAGAAGAACGGCUCCCGCGCCGCGAUCACCUCUGGGCAUCCGUCGCCACGCCAUUCUCCGGCCAAGAACUCUGCCGGGGCGUCGUCGCGACCUCCGGCAAGCCUCGAACUCUGGCCCGAGGAACCGGACCCGGACUACGACGAGGACAGCGACGUGGGCCUCGAAGCUGGUCGUUUCAAGGACCUCAAGAUAUCUUACUCGCCACCGCUCGUGCGCAAGGUGUCGGCACCAGCGACGCCCAAGACGCGCGCCGAGGCCGCUGCUGCUUCUUCCUCCUCUUCGUCGUCGUCCACGCGACGCUCCCAGUCCUGUUCGCCGGUGCGACCGGCCACAACCGCCGCCUCCUCAAAAAGUCCGACGCUGAACAGUCAGCCACGUAGUAUAUUGAAGAAGAAGAAAGCACCAGAAAGGAAGUCGCUCAAUGCCACGCACAGAGGCCGCGUGUCGCACGGGACCCACUCGAAGAAGGUCACCUUUCAGGAGGGUGGCGACUCGGUGUCCUCUCAAGCAUGGGAGGAGGAACCAUGGGAGAACCCGCAUGAGGCUGCGCGCGAAACGAAGAAGACGCGUCCGCGCAUCGAUUCUUCGUGGGACGUCGUGGCUGCUGCCACAUCAAGCGCCCGCCAGACCGUGUACGUCAAUGGAACGCCGAAGCGGCGCAACGGCAACGCCACGCACACUUCGUCGGCGAACGGUGUGGUCGAGAACAGCCAAUCUCGAAAGAAUGAAGCCACUUUGGCGCACAAAGCCGAUUCCAAAUCUGAGUCCAGGGUCGAAGUCUACGGGGAGCGCAGACUGCUGCCGAGGGAAGAUAAGAAGGCCGCGAAAGCCGAGCACAAGGUCGAACAGCAGUUCAAUACCGAAGUACGAGUUCGGGGGAGUCAAAAGGUCGAAAUGAAGUCGCCUCCACGCAUAGACAUUAGAAUCGAGCACCCAACUGAGAACCAAAGUCCGAAACUUGGCGAAAAGGCUACCGUGAUCCCUGUCAGUUCCGCGGUGAGCUUCGAUUCUGAGCCAGAGAGCCAAUAUCACCAGCUUAAUGGCUCCUUCAAAGGCAAGGGUUGCGCUAGCGUUAAUUGUGAUGUGCAAGAAAGUCCGAGUAACCGCAGGACGAACAUCAACAUUGUACCUUGCAAUGAACAAAAGGGCAUUUAUGUUGAUCUGAAUGGCAGUGAGAGCCCGUGCAGCAGCUACGAGGCUGAUGCAGACUACGAGGUGAUCUCCAGCCUCAGUUCUGAUGACACUAAGCUCGCUGGACCCGAUACCGGAAAGACUGCCAUAGAACAAGAAACCAGAGUGGCCGAGCGAAAACCCAGCCUUCUCCAAGGCACCCUACAGCAAGAAAACGGCAAUGCAACAGAAGCAUUCGAAUCAUCCCACCCAGAGGAAUCUAAUGGUGAAUGUCUGAAGGACAUGCGCGAAGGCGGAGCAAUUCAUAUAGAAAAUGGGACGUCCAGUCGCAGUCCAGAAGUGCCACGAAUCCCCCAGCGCCUCUCACCUCCUUUGAGCCCGAAUUCUGCCUCCAAUGUUCGAAAUUCUUCGAGCGAGCUCUUUAACAGCCGAGCAGAUUCAAACUUGGAUCUGUUGCAUCAAUACAAACCAGACGCAGUUGCCAAUUCGGAGCCUACAAAUGUUCCCAGCGAAACCGAUGACGAGGUUAACAAAACAUCUAAGCCUGAAGAACCGCCAGUUCCCGCGAGGGCCGCCGCUGUUCAAGACACGAAAGCAAAGGAAACUUCACAUCCAGACAGCGAAUGCGAAAACUCGACGCGUCAAGUUCUUCCUUCGCAGAGCGUGGAACGCGGCACGGAGAAGCACUCGCCAGCGCACGUACCACCCCCUGAUGAUGCUUCAAAAACCACAAGGCCGGAAUGUCCUGCGCGAAAGAAGCACGAUCUGCAGAAGAGCGCCAAGGGUGAUAGUUCGAAGGACCCCAAGGCUGCUGCACCACGAGCCGGCAAGCCCACUAGCCCGCAGCGAAACGCUAACACGAAGCAACGGGACUCGAGGAUUUACCAAAAGGUCGGCGUCAAAGUGCUCCCCACGAAAGCAGAGGCCAACUCGGACGUGAAGUUGUCCUUGCCAAUGGAACACCGGAUAUCCAGGCCGCUGUCACCGCCGCCACCGAUACCGUCCAGCUCCGCUUCUCCAAGGAGAGCGCCUGUCGACGAUUCCAUCGUCGAGGGCGAUGCAACCACGGAGCAGGCGGCCAGCAGCGGCACCGUGAUGGUAACUACGCAGACAAGCACGGGCACCCGUGUGCUGAUCAGCUCACACGGCCGACUCAGCGGCAGCUACCCGGUUCGCCGCAGCCCGGCCAAGCGCCGGCCGCGCAUGCGGCAUUCGGCGCCCCAGCUGGACGGGGACUCAGCGCGGGCGCUGUUCGCCCCGCUCAGCCUGGUGCCGACCGCCGACGCGAGACAGCGCCGGCCAACACCGACGAAGGAGAGCACGUCGACCUUCUACGUGUCGCUGAGCAGCAGCAGCAGCGGCGAGCUUAAGAGCGAGGAGGAGUCGGACUUGCCAGUCGUGGGUCGCAGCUCCGAGGCCGAGGAUGAGGAAGAGGAUGAGCCUGUGUACGCUGACACCCUGCCCACGGCGGUGUGCCCGCCGACACCAGACGGCCCCAUCUACGACGACUGCGAGCUGCCACCGGAGCCGGUGUACGAGGAGCUGCCCGACCACCCACCGCAGCCGCAGCUCAGAGAAAAGAAGCUGUUGUCGUUCGAGAGCCCGCAGAAGUCGUUCUUUGAGGGAGCCUCAAAGGCAGAUAUUCUGGGGUACCUGGAGGACGCCAAGGAGCGAGGCCUCGAGAACCUGGUCGGGGACACCGUCUCCUUCGAGGCCCUGGCUGAGGAUGCCGCCCUCGACAAGAUCCCAACGGGCGCCGACGUGGAACGCAACGACAGUGGCAUCGGGGGCGACAGGUACAGCGAACCUCUGGACCCGCCAGCGGCCGGCAACAACGAAGAGCAGCGAUGCGCCGACUGCGACCAGCAGGUAACCCGCGAAGAGGAGCUAGUCUGUCCCAAGUGCGAGAAAAAACGCACCGAACGUCGAGAGAUCAUCACGGAGAUCGUGCAGACCGAGAUCAAGUACGGCCACGACUUGCGCAUCGUAAAAGAGGAGUUCUACAAGCCGAUCGAGACGGCGGGCCUACUGACAAAGCAGCAGCUGGAGGAGAUAUUUCUCAACCUGGACGAGCUGAUCGAAGUGAACGCCAGCUUCUCCGAGAAGUUGCAGGACGCGCUCGACAUCGCCAGCGAGCAGGGAGACGAGGAGUACACCACAGUGGACAUCGGAAAGUUGUUCCUGGGAGCCACGGGCAUGCUGCAGGCAUAUCAGACGUACUGCGUUCGACAGGCGAGCGCCUCGCUGAGCCUGAUGGCGCAAGAGAAGGAAAAGGAGCUGCUGCGCAUAUUCCUGCGGGUGUCCCAGAUGGAGAACACGCUGCUACGAAGAAUGAACCUGGCCGCCUUCCUGAUGGCGCCCGUCCAGAGAGUCACCAAGUAUCCCUUGCUGCUGAGCCGGCUGUUCAAGGUGACGCCAUACUCCCAUCAGGACAGAGAGUCUCUGAGAGACGCACAACUGCAAGUACAACUGCACCUCGAGAGGAUAAACCAGUUGACUCGGGAGGGCAACCCGACCAAAAUAUGGCGUCGCAUCUCGAGCAUCUCCGUCAACCCUCGGCGAGCGCAGAACAACGUCGGCGUAGGAAGCAUCAAACUACGAAAGAUGGCGUUGGACCUGCUCAAGUGGAACCGGGACGAGACGCGGUUCGUGCUGGCCGGCCGCCUCCUCGUGGCCGAGUUGCCGGCCAGCGGUAGCAGCGGCAGGAGUGUGCGCUUCGCCGCAUUGCACGGGUUGCUGGCCGUGCUGGGCCGGCCAAACUCAAACUACCGGCCCGACCUGGCGCACGACAACUCGCUCCUCUUCCCACGAAAUACGGGCAUCCGUGACGGCGCCCUGCUGCUCGCCAAGGAGAAAGCCGGAAAGUUCGUCCUCCCCAGGGAACCCUUGUCCCUUGGAAGCUGCAUCAUCAGCUGUGAUCCUGAGCUAAAAGACUGUUUCGAGAUACAGGAGUACACAUCAAAGGAAGGAUUUCUUUUCAAGGCCGAGAACAGUAUGGAAACGCGGGAGUGGUUGAAGCAGCUCCGGUACCAUGCCAAAGACCUUGGUUCAUGGCGCAGGAGGCGCAACGGCAUGGCCAACAUAAUGAUCAACGGCAUGGACCGUUACUGAGGCAGCAGCGCUUGCUGUGGGCACUGCCAGUUCCCUGCUGCAUCAAGCUCCAGGGUUCCCUGUUCAUAUUUGUGCAAAAAAUGUAGUGCGUGUGAGCCUUCCCGGUGUGGUGUCAGAAACUGCAAGUGAUAAUGUCUGCAAUGGCUUGGUGCUUCUAUGAAAAGACGGCAACGCCCAAAGUCACUUGCGGGACCGUGGAUGAACUUCCCUCCGAACUGUGCUGGGCGACGUGUUAUGGUUUGAAAGGUUUAGUAGUGAAACUCUUCUAGGCCAGGAGCAUCCUAUGUAUAGCUGUAAUUGCAUACUCCAGUGGAGUCGCAGUGCGCGUCUGCGAUGUGAUAUACCUUGCGAGCAGUCCAUGGUGUUCAAUGACGCACAGUGCACGCGAGCUAUUUUCAUGCAAACACAACAGCCCAGCAUUCAAGUCGUGCUGUUCCAAGCAUGAAACUGUCUUUGACACAAGAAGCACAGCGGCUUGAAGUCAGUGGACAAGACCGGCACGUGUGUUGAGUGCUUUUCUGUGGCAACUAAGUCCUAGCUUAUGUCAGAGGUUAUAUUGCAUACAAUACACAGAAUAAAUCUUAACUAGAGUUGUGAACCACAGAUAACUAUUCACAAAAAUUAUGCGUUGAGGUGUACUAUUCAUGAACCUUGUUCAAAAGCUUAUUUUAUUUUUCAUUCUUCUGCAAUGUAAGAUACUUUCAGAUAUAAGUUUAUGUAUGCUAAGUACAUGUAGCACUUAGAAAAUAAAUUUUAAUGAUAAGCACAA